AUGGAGGCAGUUGAGCCGCAGUCGCUGAAGCGAGCGGCGCUCGAUCUAUCCUCUUCGAUGUCCCUCGGCAAACGAACUCGCACCACGUCGGGGCCGCGAAAUCACACGUGGCACGCACCUUGGAAGAGUUACAGGGUAAUUAGCGGCCAUCAGGGUUCGGUUCGAUCGGUCGCCUUCGACCCCGGCAACUCAUGGUUCUGUACCGGUUCGGCCGACCGGACCAUAAAGAUAUGGGACGUGGCGAGCGGGAGACUGAAGCACACGCUCACAGGACACAUCGGCCAGGUCCGAGGCCUAGCCGUGAGCCAGACUCACACCUACAUGUUCUCCGCCGGCGACGACAAACAGGUCAAAUGUUGGGACCUAGAACGGAAUAAGGUCAUUCGUUCUUACGACGGCCACCUCAGCGGAGUCUACUGCUUGGCUCUUCACCCGACCAUCGACGUGUUGCUCACCGGCGGGCGCGACUUCGUGUGCCGCGUCUGGGACAUACGGACUAAGAAGCAAAUCUUCGCCCUAACCGGACACGGUGACACGGUCUGCUCGGUGUUGGCCCGUCCGGUCGAACCACAGGUGGUGACCGGUUCGCACGACUCGACCGUGAAAUUUUGGGACAUUAGGAAUGGGAAAGCGAUGCUGACCCUGACGCACCACAAGAAGUCCGUGCGAGCUCUAGCGGCGCAUCCAAGGCGGCGUGGUUUUGCGUCUGCCUCCGGCGACGGGGACAUUAAGAAGUUUAGCCUUCCGAGGGGCGAGUUUCUGCACAACAUUGCGAGGGAGAAGGAGGAGAAGGGAGGUAUCGUCAAUGCGAUGGCGGUUAAUGGGGAUGGGGUGUUGGUUGCGGGAGGAGACGAUGGGAGCUUGUGUUUUUGCGAUUGGGAGAGCGGUUGUAGCUUCCAGCGAACUCGGACGGUGGCGCAGCCUGGGUCGCUGGAAAGCGAAAAUGGGAUUUUCGCUGCUUCGUUCGACGUGACGGGAUCGAGACUGGUGACGUGCGAAGCUGACAAGACGAUCAAGAUGUGGAAGGAAGAUGAUGAAGCCACCCCAGAAACACACCAGCUCAACUUCAAGCCACAUCAUUGCUCUGGUUGA